AUGUCAGACACGAUCCCGGUGGCCGGCUACGACACGUACAGCCAACUUCAAGAGAUUAACAAGAUUAAACACGCGGGUCCGUCAGUGAAGGUGUCGAAGCGCACAUCGCCCGACCACAAGCUCACUCGGCUCUCGCUCCGCUGGUGGAACAGCAAGCGGCGGACGCUCAAGUCCACAUUCUUCCUCACGGUGGUGCUCCUCCCCGCGGCAGCACUUUGGCAUGUCACGGUGCUGCCGCACCCACCGCGCCCGGUGCUCUAUGUGGCGGCGGCAUACUUUGUACUUUCAGCGCUUGCGAUCACCGCGGGGUAUCACCGGUUGUGUGCGCACCGCGCAUGGCGCACAAACCACACGGUAGGGCGUGUGCUCGCGCUCGCGGGCGCGUCCGCGGGGAUUGGCCUGAUCCGCUGGUGGGUCGCGAUGCACCGUGCGCACCACCGAUUCACGGAUGAUCCCAUGCGUGACCCGUGCUGUUCUAAGCGAGGCUACGUUUGGGCUCAUACCGGAUGGGUCUUGCACAACCCGCACCUCAAGCUCCAGGCGGCUGUUGCCGCGGAGGAUGACGAAGGCACCGAUAUCGUGACGGCAGAGCUUAUUGCCUGGCAGGACCGCCACUACUGGCUGAUGUUUGUGUUCUCCGGGAUCUUUGUUCCGGCAUUUCUCGGGUGGCUCGUGGGUGACUGGAUUGCUGGGGUAGUAUACAUCGGGAUGGUACGCAUGUUUCUCGUGCAACAGGUGAGUUUCCUCCAGAACUCGCUCUGCCAUUGUCCGUUGGGAUAUCAGACCUUUGGGGACACCACCACACUGCGCGAUUUGGCCUUGUGGAACGUGCUCACGUUUGGCGAAGGCAUGCACAACUUUCAUCAUGCGUUUCCCCGCGACUACCGCUGCGGAAACGUCAACUGGUACGACUUUGACCCCGCCAAAUGGUUCAUCCUUGCGUUGUACCAGUUCAACCUCGCAUGGGACUUGCAUGUGUCGCCGCACGCCAUUGUGGAGCAACUCAAGAUUCAGCAGAUGCAGAAGCAGUUGGACAGCACGCGUGCGCGCUUGAAUUGGGGUAUCCCGCUCGAUAAGCUUCCGGUUAUCAGCCCCGCUACGUUCCGCAGCUUAGCAGAGCAGACAAAGGACGAGCGCGUGCUUGUGGUGAUUCUGGGUAUCGUGCACGACGUGACGCCGUUUGUUGAGGACCAUCCGGGUGGCGUGGCGUUGGUCAAGACAUCGAACGGGAAGGAUGCAACGCUUGCAUUUAAUGGCGCGGUGUACUCGCACUCGAACGCCGCGAAGAAUUUGCUCGCAACGAUGCGCGUAGCAGUGUUGGGGAGUCACCAGCAGGAGGUGUGGAAGCAGCACGCGUUGGAGAACAAGGAUGUACCGGUGAAGAACGAUGCGGAUGGGAGGAGGAUUGUCCGGCUGGGCGAGCAGGCGACGAUGGUAGGUGUGAUCCAUAAAAGUGCGGAUGCGGCAUAG